AUGUGUUCCAACUACUACGGUGGCUAUGGCUGUGGCUAUGGCUCAGGGUAUGGCUGUGGCUAUGGUUCCGGAUACGGCUGUGGCUAUGGUUCCGGCUAUGGCUGUGGCUAUGGUUCCGGAUACGGCUGUGGCUACGGUUCGGGAUAUGGCUGUGGCUACGGUUUGGGAUAUGGCGGUGGAUAUGGUUCCGGAUAUGGCUGUGGAUACGGUUCGGGCUAUGGAUGUGGAUACGGUUCCCGAUACGGCUGUGGAUACGGUUCAGGAUAUGGCUGUGGCUUUGGCUCCCUCUAUGGCUCUGGCUAUGGUUCUGGAUGCUGUAGCUACCGGCCCAUUUGCUACAGAAGAUGCUAUUCUUGCUGUUAG